UUCUAACACUGACACAGUAUGCCUUGAUUGUUAAACCGUUUAAAUUUCAAUCAAUAGAUCCGCGAAGAAAUACGACGACCAUUGCUUUUAUAUUUGCAUCAACUGGUUUGUGGUUGCUACAGUGAUGAUAAUCGCUCCUAACUUCGUUGACGAUUUUGAUGAAUAUUUGAAAGUAAUGGUUCUGUUGCUCGUCUGUUUAUUCUGGAUAAUGACUGUAGUCAUUGCAUACAUGUACAUACGCACCUUAUACACGCUUUGGAAAAGAAGCGAUACUCUUAAAGAAAGGUUAAAUGUUUCAGAAACACAGCAAGGAAGUGUAAUCAUUACUCAAAACAUCCACUUAGCAAAAACAAUGUUCUUCUUCAUAAUGAGCGUAGUUCUCUCCACCCUGAUAUCAAAUACUGCGUAUCUGUUUCUCCUAUAUUGUAAGGAAUGUGAUCAAGAUACUGUAGCGAAGGUGUGCCUGUAUACAAUGCCGUUGUUCAUGGCCAUACCAGCCAUCAUACUUCCAAUGAAUUGGAUAAUAGGAACACCACAGUACUGGAAAGAAUUUAAGAAACGAGUUUGCAAACUAGCAAUAUGCCACCGUGUUGGAGACAUUGAAACUAUACAGUCGCCCAAAAAUUAACUAUUUUAUUAAUUAAAAAAACUGAAAUGCUUAAUGACAUGCAUAGCUCUCGUCAACUAGGCUGUCAGGUCUUCCAGAGAAAAUUGAUCUGAACUGGGCGAGGUUUAAAUCCGGAAGAAACGUUUCAUAACGCGAGUUACGCUUUACGGUUACUGCAGAAAGAGCAGCAAGAGGUGUGACAAUAGGUGAUGAAGUCCUCCUAGUUUAUUCCAAACUGUUUCUGAUUGUCGGAUAGAUAUAACUAUUUCAGUGUGUAAUGUAUAAAUAAUAUAAAUAAAAUGCUUCAUGGGUAACUUUCUGUUAAGAAUCCUAUUGGGGGAAAUUUUCAUUGCGACAAUGUUAAAACUUCUGGAGCCGGUUGUACGAAUGGUGGAUAGCGCUAUCCACGGAUAGUGGUUUUUUUUCAAUCGCUCUAAAAUUACUCGUUGUUUGGCCUAGAUUAAUAAACCUUGAUAUUCUUAAGUUGGGGGUUCUUUUUCAAAACUGUCGGCUCCAAAUCUGUAAUUUCAUUGCUUUUCAGGCAUGUUUAAAACGGUUGAAAAAAUCACAAUCCGGUGGAUAGCGCUAUCCGCCUUUCGUACAACCUGCCCCUUGACCUGCAUGUAAUGACGAGAACUCCUAUAAAAUAGACUUCGUAUUAAUUGUAUAUUACUCUAAUUACAAAUGUUUGAUAGUGAUGCGCAGAUUGUUAAAUGACGCAGUUUUGCGGUCAUUACCAUUUAAUUAUCCGGUCUAAUACUUUCUGAGUUAAUAUUUAAUGAGAAAACCUUUGUUUUAACUUUAUUUUAACUGUGACAAAACGGUCUUCUUGCAUAAGCAUAUGAAACGUGAUAGAAACAAAAUGCACUGUUCUGACAAAGCAGGUGACAUCGGUUUAAAGAUUUAACUAUACAGAAACUAAGAACAUUAUACUAUCACAGGAUGAAGGUUUAGGAAGAUGAAUUGCUGAAUAAGAGGUAUAGAACAACGUAUCUUUUGGUCGCAAUACUGGCAACUAUAUGGCCUACUGAUUAUUCCUUCUUGGAUUGCUUGACAGUUUCCUAUGGUCUAUAUUUGUUGCUAAUUGCCUAUUUGAAGUUUACUGGAUGAAUAACGGAACUCGGCUAAUUCGGUGGUGGAGAUCAGAUGCUACCGAUCCAAAUCCUUGAUUACGACGUUUCGUUGUUUUGUAUCACUGUCAGUGUCAUUAAUCCAUCAUAACUGCAAGUUACCCAUGCAAUGUCUCUAAAUUCAACAAACAUCUCAGGUUUCCAAGGAUAUUUUGCACUUUCUUGGUUUCUUUUACCAAUAAAGCCAGAGGAAAACACUCAAGUUAUUCUGGUUUUAAAAGAUAUAUUAAUCAUAACUGGCAUAAUACUGAAUAUUGUGCUACUGUGGAUGAUAUGGAGAAACCCAGGUAAAAAACCACGCAAUAGCAGAGCGCUGUUGUUGGCAAAUCUUAGCAUCGUUAAUCUUAUCGCAACUAUCUUCGGUCUUAUCUGCAGCAUCGAGGAUAAAAUCAAAUCCUACAGGAUCUGUACUUUCAAAGCUGGUGCCAUUGCAAUAUCCUUAGUCUUACCCAAGUACUAUCCAAGCGUGCUUCUUCUAACACUGAUACAAUAUGCAUUGAUUGUUAAACCGUUGGAAUUCAAAACAAUAGAUCCCCGAAAAAUUAGAACGACGAAAAUUUUCAUCUGCAUUCACUGGAUAGUGGUAACUACAGUGAUGAUAAUACUUCCUAUCUUGACUGACGAUUUUAAUAAGUAUUUGAAAGUAAUUGUCAUGUUACUCGUGUUGUUAUCCUGGAUAUCGACUACAGCCAUUGCAUACAUGUGCGUACGCACCUUAUAUACGCUUUGGAAAAGGAACGACAAUCUUAGAAAAAGGUUCAAUGCAUCAGCAACACAGCAAGGGCUUGUAGUCAUUGGUCAAAACAUGCGCUUGGCAAGAACAACGUUUUUCUUCAUAGUGACCUUGUUUUUUUUCACCCUAAUAUCAAAUACAGCGUAUAUGUUUCUUCUAUAUUGUCCAGAAUGUGAUAAACGUGUUUUGGUGAAAGUGUGUUUUUACACAAUACCAAUGUUUCUUGCCGUGCCAGCCAUGCUUCCAAUCAAUUGGUUAAUCGGAACGCCACAGUAUUGGAAUGAAGUUAAGAAACAGAUUCGUAAACUAUUAGUAUAUUUUGGUUGUGUGGGUGACAAUCAAAACUAAACUAAUCGCUUGAAUUAAACUUUAACGUGCAGCAAGACAGUGACGCACAGGUUCAAAAUGGAGGAAUGAAGGAUAAUAACCCGAACAGAUAGUCGAACGAUUGCAAGUUUAAUGCAAAUUUCAUCAAUCAAUCCGCCUGGGAAACCUAUAUCAGGCUAUUCAAUAUAUAAAUUUAGACUACGGCAUUGUUUUAUAACCCUAAUUUUGUCAUCCUCGUAUGUAAUAAAACGUGCACUUGUUGGGAUCUCAAAAAUAGUCUGAACCAUAUAAUUUCUCAUGGUGCUAAAACCAUUACCAUGCAUAAAGAAUCAAUUACUUGCGCCCACAAUAUAAAAUAUAUAGACAUGCAUGAUUGUGUAGUCCAACGCCACCCGACCGAUUUAUCGGCUCCAAAUCUGUAAAUUCAUUGCUUUUCAGGCAUGUUUAAAACGGUUGAAAAAAUCACAAUCCGGUGGAUAGCUCUAUCCACCUUUCGUGCAACCUGCCCCUGGCCUGCAUGUAAUGACGAGAACUCCUAUAAUUAGACUUCGUAUUAAUUGUAUAUUACUCUAAUUACAAAUGUUUGAUAGUGAUACGCAGAUUGUCAAAUGACGCAGUUUUGCGUUCAUUACCAUUUAAUUAUCCGGUCUAAUACUUUCCGAGUUGAUAUUUAAUGAAAACAAAGAAUUUAAUGAAAACAAAGAAUUUUAACUGUGACAUGAUGGUCUUCUUGCAUGCAUAAGCGUACGAAACGUGAUAGAAACAAAAUUCAUGCACUGUUCUGACAUACCAGGUGACAUCGGUUUAAAGAUUUAACUAUACAGAAACUAAGAACAUUAUACUAUCAAAGGAUGAAGGUUUAGGAAGAUGAACUGCUGAAUAAAAGGUAUCGCAAUACUGGCAACUAUGGCCUACUGAUUCGGUUUAUUGUAUAUGUAAUUUUAUGUAUAUAGUUUUGACAUGACAUAACUAUUCCCCUAUUUCUAAUAUUUCACCCAAACGUUCCAAUAUAACCAAGGAGCAUGCAGGGUGACAGCGUCUAUUCAAACAAAAAUAGACAAAAAUUCUUCUCGAACUUUCGACCAUAGAGCCUUCGUCAGGAAUGCUAGUAUGACUAAAGUCGAACGUCGAGAAGUAUUUCAGCCGCGGGCGAACAAACCAAAACCCAAACUAACAUGCGUGAUAAAUGAACACUAUCAUAAAAUCCUAAACGAUAAAAUAUUUUAGAAUAAAAUUGAAAGAUCAAUAUUAUGCCUACCUCCCCCGCGGGCCUAUUUCCGGGCAAAUAUGGCGGGCUCCCUAGCGCCUGCGGAGGAGGUAGAUAUUAUGAUACUAUUAUAGAUUUCCGUCAUAUUUCCCUCGUUUCCCACAAAUCGUGAUUACGUUUCUAAGUGUUUGUGAGUAAUUUAGUUAAUUUGUUUGAACAAAUAUUGUUGUUGCUAAGUUUAGUCACCACAACAUUGCAUGAUAACUGUCCUGAUGUUUUAUAAACUGCAUGUGGUAUAUUCAGAAUACAACCAAUGUUCAAAAGAAGGAACAAAAAAACAACAAAAGCGCCUAAACAGCCUCGGGUAAUACGGACAGUCCUGUCAUAAAAUUUAAAAACAAUUUUAAAAUGUAAAUUUGAUCUAGUAUAUCCCGUGAUUGGUGAAUCCUUGAAAGUAUGGAAUAUGUAUAAACUUUACAGACGGUUGCAUAUAUACCUACAUAAGUGUUCACGAUUGUGUAAUUCUCAGGAGUGGGUGCAUUUGCAUGAAUAAAGGACAAAAAUUUCAUCAGUCUAUAUAAUGUACGUACAACAGUGAGUUCUUAUUCAAGAACAUUGGGUUCUUUUCAUUUCACGUCCCCUGCGCCUUUCUUCAGUACCCUGAUUUCGAUGUUGAAUGAAAUUGAGACAUCGAAAGAGCUAAACCACUAAUAACCCCCCCCCCCGAACAGAACCGGUCGGACUAUUUUUGCCGCGUAAAGAGC